AUGGUCGAGGUUUCAGUUUGCUUUCACGCGUGUUCUGUUUCUGCACUCGAAGGUAUCUUGUUCCACUCGCAGGACGAUUGUAUGCUAUACUUUAUAAUCAACAUAAAAAAAACGCUGAGGCUACCGAGGAUAUUUGACAUCUUAUGCCAAAAUGCAGCAACUGGAUGUGCAGAGCCUGAGGGGGAGAACACGUAUGCAAGCUUCCAGGGUCUGCUGGCUCUUGCCCGUAUUACCAGGUCGAAUGCCGAUGAGGCCCACGGCGCGUGCAAGAAGUGUGGCCGUGUCGGGCACCUGAAGUUUCAGUGUAGGAACUUCCUGAGCGUGAAGGAUGAUACGGAAAAGGACCCGGAGGCUGGGCAGGCUGGGCUUGCGUCUUUAUCUGGGUUGGAUAAGCUGAAGGGGAGUGCUAACAAGCUGAAUGGUAAGGGUGAACCAGAGAGCGAGGAGGACAGUGAGGAAGAGGAGGAAAGCGAAUCUUCAGAUUCUGAUGUGGACUCGGAGAUUGAGAGGUUAAUUGCCAAACGAGGGGGGAAAAUCAGCAGUAAGGCUAGCAAAGAAACUUCAUCAAAGAAGAAGAAGAAGAGGGAUGAUUCAGAAGAUGAGGAUACCGACAGUGAUCCUGGGGAGAGAAAGAAAAGAGGGAGGUCAAAGAAGAGAAAGAGUGGAAGGAGAAGAAGUAGUCUCUCUGAGGAUGAGGAUGAGGAUGAGGAUGAAGUAAGAAAGAAGAGGAGGAAGGAGAGGAGAAGGAAGAGGGAUGAGUCAUCAGAUGAGGAGGAGCAUAGAUGAAGGCGUAGGAAGAGUAAGAAGGAGAAAAGGAGGAGGAAGAGUCAUAGAUAUUCAGAUGACUCCGACUCCGACGAAUCAGGUGAUUCUGGCAGGAGGCACAGGCCGAAGAGCCAGAGGAGGGUAGCCGCAUCUCCUCAUUCUGGAGCGAGUAGCUCAGAUGACUCACGUGUUGGUAGGGAUGCAAAGCGAUCUGGGAAGAGUAGCAGAAGGUAUUGUCAUAAAGAGGAUGAGUCUAGCUAA